AUGAUCGAGGACAAAGACCUGAACGAAAGCAGCCGGCAUCAUCGUGAGCCAGCUAGAAAUGUCCUGUGUGCACACGGACCCACGCGAGACGGAGUUUACUCCCUGGGCUCCAGGGCAGGUCAGGCUGCUGCAGUAACAGUACCUGACAGAUGCUUCUCCCUCGAAGUGACUGCUGGUGUAUCGGCCUUGGAGGUAUACACCCCAAAAGAAAUCUACGUGGCAAAUGGGACACAAGGGAAGCUGACGUGCACAUUCAAGUCUGCGAACACCACCGGCAGGUUGACCACAAUCUCCUGGAGCUUCCAGCCAGAGGGGACCCACACCACUGUGUCGUUUUUCCACUACUCCCAAGGGCAAGUGUACAUUGGGGAUUACCCACCAUUUAAGGACAGAAUCCGCUGGGCCGGUGACCUUGACAAGAAGGACGCAUCGAUCAACAUAGAAAACAUACAGUUUAUCCACAACGGCACCUACAUCUGUGAUGUCAAGAACCCUCCUGACAUCGUUGUCCACCCGGGACACAUUCGACUCUAUGUUGUAGAGAAAGAGGUUUUGCCCAUGUUUCCGGUUUGGGUGGUGGUGGGUAUAGUGACUGCUGUGGUCGUGGGGCUCACCCUGCUCGUCAGCAUGAUCCUGGCUGUCCUCUACAGAAGGAAACACUUGAAACGGGAUUACACGGGCUGCAGCACCUCAGAGAGUGUGUCGCCGGUUAAGCAGGCUCCGCGGAAGCCCCCCUCCGACACAGAGGGUCUAGUAAAGAGCCUGCCUUCUGGAUCUCACCAGGGCCCAGUCAUAUAUGCGCAGCUAGACCACUCUGGAGGACACCACAGUGACAAGAUUAACAAGUCAGAGUCUGUGGUAUAUGCGGACAUCCGGAAAAAUUAAGAGAAGACCCAGAUCAUACCCUAAGCAAGAAACAAAUUCAAACUGGACUCCUGUGCAGCAGUGUGGCCCAUAGCCACGGGUGGCCUCAGACAAGGACAAGCACCCAGGGAGGAAAAGAUGUGUAUAAAGGAUAUGUAUAAAUAUUCUAUUUAAUCUUC